GGCCCCGCCCCCGCCUGGCCCCGCCUCCGCCUGCCGACCCCGCCUCGCCAUUUUUUUCUCUUCCUGGGCGCCACGUGGGCAGCCACCACACCGCGGUAGGGCUGGCCUGAGCCGACCCUGGGUCUUGGGCCAGUUCCGUGCGUCAGCUUCCUCAUCAGUAAGAUGGGGUAAUGACAGUACCUCACUCAAAGGGGUUACUGUGAAGAUUAAACGUAAAGUCCCUUUACACAGUGCCUGGCACGAAGUCAGGGCCCAAUGAAAGGAAACCUUACGAGAGAGGCUUAGGGGCCUGAAAAAGCUGACAAGACGGCAAAUAUGGGAAGUGGAGCCAGUGCUGAGGACAAAGAACUGGCCAAGAGGUCCAAGGAGCUAGAAAAGAAGCUGCAGGAGGAUGCUGAUAAGGAAGCCAAGACUGUCAAGCUGCUACUGCUGGGUGCUGGGGAGUCAGGAAAGAGCACCAUCGUCAAACAGAUGAAGAUCAUUCACCAGGAUGGCUAUUCACCAGAAGAAUGCCUGGAGUUCAAGGCUAUCAUCUAUGGAAAUGUGUUGCAGUCCAUCCUGGCUAUCAUCCGGGCCAUGACCACACUGGGCAUCGACUAUGCUGAACCAAGCUGUGCGGAUGAUGGGCGACAGCUCAACAACCUGGCUGACUCCAUUGAGGAGGGAACCAUGCCUCCUGAGCUCGUGGAGGUCAUUAGGAGAUUGUGGAAGGAUGGUGGGGUGCAAGCCUGCUUCGAGAGAGCUGCAGAAUACCAGCUCAAUGACUCCGCAUCUUACUACCUGAACCAAUUAGAACGAAUUACAGACCCUGAGUACCUCCCUAGUGAGCAAGAUGUGCUCCGAUCCAGAGUCAAAACCACGGGCAUCAUUGAAACCAAGUUUUCCGUCAAAGACUUGAAUUUCAGGAUGUUUGAUGUGGGAGGGCAGAGAUCAGAGAGAAAGAAGUGGAUCCACUGCUUCGAGGGAGUCACCUGCAUCAUUUUCUGUGCAGCCCUCAGUGCCUAUGAUAUGGUGCUGGUGGAAGAUGACGAAGUGAAUCGUAUGCAUGAGUCUUUGCAUCUGUUCAACAGCAUAUGUAACCACAAGUUUUUUGCGGCUACUUCCAUUGUCCUCUUUCUCAACAAGAAGGACCUCUUUGAGGAAAAAAUCAAGAAAGUCCAUCUCAGCAUUUGUUUUCCAGAGUAUGAUGGUAACAACUCCUAUGAUGAUGCGGGGAAUUACAUCAAGAGCCAGUUCCUUGACCUUAAUAUGCGAAAAGAUGUCAAAGAAAUCUACAGUCACAUGACCUGUGCUACAGAUACACAGAAUGUCAAAUUUGUGUUUGAUGCAGUUACAGAUAUUAUCAUCAAAGAAAAUCUCAAGGACUGUGGCCUCUUCUAAUCCUCACCAUUCCUCAGGUAUAAGUUCUAUAAACAGGUUUGGAAUCUGGGUAAUUAAAAACAGAAAAUUAUAGUCAAUAUACCAUGACAUGAAGAAUGAAUCCAUUCUUUGGAGAUGGAGUAUACCUGACUGCAACUGUGUUUCAUACAUUCUUUUCAAAGUGGGAUAGCUAUUGCAGCUUAAAGAGCACAGGCCAGUAGUUAGAAGACCCCCCAGGUUCCAGUACUGGUUUUCCAACUUAAUAGAAAAAUGUGAAUGCUUUAUUUCUGAGUCUUGAGUCUUUCAACUAUAAAAUGAAGAUGACUUCCCUACCUACUUUACAGGGUUAUUCUGAGGAGCACGGACAUAACUGAAGGGAAGGCACAUAAAAACUGCUUGUGCAGGCCGGGCACAGUGGCUCACGCUUGUAAUCCCAGCACUUUGGGAGGCCGAGGUGGGCAGAUCACGAGAUCAGGAAUUUGAGACCAGCCUGGCCAACACAGUGAAACCCUGUCUCUACCAAAAAUACAAAAAUUAGCUGGGCAUGGUGGCAGCGCCUGUAAUCCCAGCUGCUCAGGAGGCUGAGGCAAGAGAAUCACUUGAACCCGGGAGGCAGAGGUUGUAGUGAGCCAAGAUCGCACGCCACUGCACUCUAACCUGGGCAACAGAGCGGUCUCAAAAAAAAAAAAAAAAAAAAAAAAAAAGCCUGCCUUGUGCUUAGGGUCACAGAAAUAAAUCCUAUAUAAAAGCUGCCAUAUAUUAAAUUCAACACCUGGUUUUUAGAAUAAACGAUUGCAACAAACUAUUCCAAGCAAAAUAGCAAGGCUUCCUAUAGUCUGUAAAAAACUAGUAUUAACCAAACCUAAAUAAACCUGCCAUUCCCUUUUUACUAACAGACCUCUAUGUGCCUUAGCUCAGAGAUCUGGAUCACUGGAUAGGAGAUGCGAGUUUGUUAGUUUCUAAGGCACGUCCCAAAAUGAUCAUCUUUAUCAAGCAAACAUUAUCCCUCUGCCCCCAGGCUAUCAAACAGACCUUUCUCUCUACAAAUGUUUCUUAGCUACAUAAGAUACUUCCUGAAUAAACUUAAGAGGACAUCAAAUACUCUCAUUUAGAGUAUUAAUGAUUGUA